AUGGCUCGCAAACUGAGCCACCAGAGGGUCACCUAUGUACUCCCUCUGCCUGAUGCCCCCGGUGGGCACCGGCUGGGAGUCAAUGGCCUGACCGUCGACCCUCAAAACUCCAUCCUGUAUUCCGCUGGCCGCGACGGUGUCAUCUGUUCCUGGGACCUCGACCUGCCCCUGUCCUCCUCCUCCACCUCCGCCCCCCUCUCGUCUACCGGCCCGAGCGCGACCCGGUUCAAAACCCAGGUGCAGGCUCACAGCCACUGGAUCAAUGAUAUUGUCUUGACACAGGGCAACUCCGCCCUCGUCUCCGCCUCGUCCGACACCACCGUGCGACUAUGGCGGCCACACUCCGAAUCCACCGAGGUGCCUGAGCGCAUCGGUAAGCAUUCCGAUUAUGUCAAGGCACUGGCUAGUCCCGGCAGCCAGGCGACAUGGGUGGCGUCGGGUGGUCUGGACCAUAAGCUCUACCUGUGGGAUCUCAAUGGGGGCGGAGAGAUCCUCAAUAUCGAUGCCGGCGGGGAAGAUGCUACCGAGAAAGGCUCCGUCUACGCCCUGGGGGCUGUCUCUUCUGUUCUCGCCAGUGGCGGGCCAGAGAAUGUGGUACGGGUAUGGGAUCCCAAGUCGGGCAAGCUGGUCACCAAAUUCGUUGGCCACACGGAUAACGUUCGCGACAUCCUCAUCAACGAGGCUGGGGAUACGAUCAUGACGGCCUCGUCCGAUCAAACCAUUAAGGUCUGGUCGCUCACGGCUGGCCGAUGCAUGAACACUCUCACCAUGCACAAUGACAGCGUCUGGUCGCUCUAUUCAGACCACCCGGAUCUCGCGGUUUUCUACUCCAGCGAUCGUUCUGGUCUGGUCGCCAAGACCGAUGUACGAGGCUCUCCGGAUGUCGAGCACGGGACGUGUGUCGCUGCGCUGCAGGAACACGAGGGUGUUGUUAAGGUAGUGGCCGCCGGCGACUACAUCUGGACUGCUACCCCGAAAUCGAGCAUUCAUCGUUGGGACAACGUUGAUACUACCCUCGAGAUUGACGCGCCGCGUGACCCAGCGCGAACAAUUGACUCGGCCGCUGCUGCGCCGGUAGACGAGUCCGGUAAAGCAGCACCCAAGAAAAUUCCCUUUGACGCGGUCCUACAAUUAUCAGCAACAUCGGCACUACUAGGCAGCACCUCACCUGGGAGUGGACAAUCCUCAGAGCCGGGUUUGGAGGAAGGGUUGGGUUUGACGAUUCCUGUCCACUCGCUUCCACAAGAGACUAUCGAGGGACAGCACGGGUUGAUCAAAUGUUUGAUGUUGAAUGAUCGGAAGCGCACCCUGACACAAGAUUCGGCGGGCGAGGUGGUGCUGUGGGAUCUACUCAAGUGCGUUCCGGUGCAAACAUUUGGUAAGACACAUAUCGACGACGUUGCCACUGAAAUAAACACCACCGAAAGCAUCGCCCACUGGUGCACGGUUGAUAUCCGCACAGGAAGGCUGUCGGUCAUUCUGGAGCCCAAUCGCUGCUUCGAUGCCGAGGUGUACGCUGACGAGGCCGACUUGCCUCCGUCUGAUAUAUCGCAGUUCCGAGACGAUCAAAGAAUCAACCUUGGCAAAUGGGUCUUGCGCUGGCUGUUUGCUCCGUUGGUGGAUGAAGAAAUCGAACGGGACCGUGAAUUCCGUCAAUCCGCCGUGGCCAAGGCAGAAGAAUUCGCCCGAGUCAAUCCGCUCAGUACAUCGGCACCUAGCGAUGAUAUUCCUCGCAGCGUCGGCAUCCCGAUCUCUCGCGAUCUUUCAAUGACGACUUUGACGGGCCAGACUACGGCCUCGCGCUCGGGCUCUGACUUCCCGGGCAGCCCUAAUACGGGAAUUGGCAUUCACAUUGGGACACCGUCGAUAAACUACCUCAGUACUUCGGCUCAGAGUACCACUUCCCCAUUUCCCAUGUUGGAUGCAGAUACACCAGAACAUCCGCACACCGAUGCUCCCCCGUCUUCCUAUCCUGACAAGAACGGCGACUAUUUUUCAUUAAAAACCCCUGCAGAUGCUGACAGGACUCCCAACCCCAUGUCCCCCUCUGAAGCAGCAUCACCGGGCGUGCCCCAGUCACCAGCUGAACCUGACAAGGAAGAACGCAAGAAGGGGUCUUUGUUUGGGAAGAAAUUCUUCCCCAAGAAACUGGUCCGCACCUCCACAGACACGAAGCCUCCGCUCCUAGAGGAGAAACCAGAAGAGACGGAAGUCUCUUCAGUCAAGGAAGAAAAGGUCUACGAGGCCAAUCUUAGUGGCGUGGUUGAUCGCAUUCGCCACGAGUACGAGGAGUUCAUCUCUGCCCAUCCAGACCGAGACCUGGAAUCGGCCAUCACGCCCAGCCCCGAGAAUGAAACACCGCGACUCGAUAUUCCUUCGCGGACUGCUGUCUUCAUUCAGGAAGAAACGGGGGAUACCGCCGUGGCUGCGGAUCUCUACCGAGGCAGCGUGGGCCGUAUCGAACAAGAUAUUGCACGCUUGCAGAAGUCGAUUCCUCACUGGCUUGGUGAGCUUCUUCUGAAGAACCAAAUCCCCUUCAAGGAACAGGUCAAGAUCGCUUUUGUUUUGAAGCCGUACGACGAUCUUCUACCUCCGAUUGCCAAGGCUGAGCCGCCUACUCCCAAUGGCGGCCAGAGUCCUAGUGCCAACGGAACUACCAACAACAAUAAUCGACUGAACGCCAACCGCAUGCUUCGAGCUAAAAAGGUGCUGGCUUAUGUGGCCGAGCGCAUCGAUCCUGCCAAUCCCGACGAGCCUGAGGAAUCGAGGAUGCCUCCGGAAGAGUACCUCGAGCUGUAUUGUCAGAAGCAGAUUUGUCCCCCGAACAUGACUCUGGCAACCAUCCGCACUCACCUCUGGCGCAGCUCGGGCGAUAUGAUUCUCUACUACAAGGCGAACGGCAAGAAGGAGAUCAAGCCACCCAAGUCCUUGCUCGGCGUCGAUGAAACCCACCUGACCGUCGAUGGUGCCGGCACAGUUAAUGGCGAAAGCAGCGUCCCCGCUGGCAGCAUCCAUUCCACGGCCAACUCGGGGUCCGCGGAGGAGACCACCACUACUUAA